AUGGCUGGGAGCGAAUGGGACUGGUUUCAGCGGGAGGAGCUGAUCGGACAGAUUAGCGACAUCAGAGUCCAAAAUCUCCAAGUGGAGAGAGAAAAUGUGCAGAAAAGGACGUUCACCCGGUGGAUCAAUCUGCAUUUGGAAAAGUGUACCCCCCCUCUGGAAGUGAAAGAUUUGUUGGGCGAUAUUAAAGAUGGCAAAAUUUUGAUGGCUUUACUGGAGGUUCUUUCUGGACAAAACCUGCUGCACGAGUACAAGCCCUCAACCCAUCGUAUUUUUCGACUGAACAAUAUUGCAAAAGCCCUCAGGUUUUUGGAGGAUAGCAAUGUAAAGUUGGUUAGCAUUGAUGCAGCUGAAAUAGCAGAUGGAAACUCUUCCAUGGUCCUGGGCCUGAUAUGGAACAUAAUCCUGUUUUUUCAGAUUAAGGAACUUACAGGCAACCUCAAUAGGAACUCCUCCUCUUCCAGCUUGUCUUCAGGGCCCAGCGGCCCUGAUUCAGACACCUCUCAUCCCAGCACUCCUAAUGUUGAGAGAAGCAUGUCUGUUUCAGUGAAGGAUCAGCGAAAAGCAAUCAAGGCCCUUCUAACCUGGGUUCAAAGGAAAACAAGAAAGUAUGGUGUUGCAGUUCAGGACUUUGCCAGCAGUUGGCGAAGUGGCCUUGCUUUCUUGGCUAUAAUCAAAGCAAUAGAUUCUGACUUAGUAGACAUGAAGCAAGCUUUGGAGAAAUCAUCCCGGGAAAAUUUAGAGGAUGCGUUUGGUAUAGCACAAGAUCAUCUGGGCAUACCAAGACUUCUAGAGCCAGAAGACAUCAUGGUUGACUCACCUGAUGAACAGUCCAUUAUGACCUACGUGGCACAGUUUUUGGAGCACUUCCCGGAACUGGAAGGGGAAGAUUUUGCAGAUGCGGACAAAGAAUUUCCAGUUGAAUCUACGUACGUUCACGUCAAAGAGACAUCAGUGGAAGAAAAACAAGGAAAGGUUUUAAUUCUGAAUGAAAAUGGACAGCACACUUACAUGUCUCACCUGGACAGAAGCCAGUCCCCACCCACCAAAAUCCAUGUUCCUGGUUCACUUCUCAAUCAGAAGAACCAGAAUUUUCAUAUGGCCAAUGAAGACCUUCAUGACAAUCACCAUCAGCUGCAAUUUGGUCCUCCAGAGACUUUUGCAGAACAACCCCAGCGUCCCAACACAUUGCCAAUAACGGAGCCCCUUGGGUUGCAGUCCUGUUCUGUUACUAACGUUCCUGCCAAUGAUGCAGGCAGAUCUGAAGGGGAUCAAGUUAGCAAAGGUGAUUCACUGAAGCAAAAUGACCAUCCACCGACUAUUCUUAUGUAUCGCAGCCAUUCUCCUGAUCCAAUUGAUGCUAAAGAAUUUAAUGUGCAGAAGCCAACUGGUGUAACAGAAGAAUCACUUGACAGAAAUGCUUUCUCCUUGCCUUGGACUUCACAUCCACCAAGUGUACCAGAACACCUAUCAAACGAGCUUGAGUAUCCAACUUCAGACUCUCAAGAGGAAGACACUGUGCAGAAACAUGUAUUGCACAUGCUGCACGAGGAAAUAUCUAAUCUUGCCGAAAAGGAUGAAUAUGCAAAAGAAGUGUCUGAUGUGAAGGAAAAGGAAAUUGAUGGACCCACUCUGGAAGAUAGCUCUGAAGCAUCUGGCCCAUCUGAACACUGGCCAAUUAGAAACACUCCCAAAAGCUUUGAUGUCACCAGUGAAGAUGGAUCAGAGGCUAAGAUAGCAUCAAAUUCUUCUAAAGUUUCUAUAAUCCCCCAUGACCUCUUCUAUUAUCCACAUUAUAAUGUCCCCAUAUCAGCAGUGUUGGAUGCCUUUGCUACUUCAGAUCCCAACUCUUCCCUUUCAGAAAACAACAAAAUAUGCACUGAACUUCUAGAGAAUUGUUUGGCUAAGAAAGAACUGCUUGGCCAAAACACUGAGGAGGAUAUUCAAAAGCCAAGCCCACUAGUCAGUAUGAAGGUUGCACCCACCCAGAUGGAUGAGAAAGACCUGGAAAAACAGAAGAAAAUUAUCCAUAACCAUACCAAGGCUUCCCUUAACAAGGCCACUGUAAUAGGAAAGAAGGUGCCAUCUAAAGUAACCAGCCAUGCAAUCUCUCUUCAGAAGGAUACUGCUCACCCAGAUGUCCCUAUGAUUGUAGUAAACCAAUUUGAUACUACAGCUGAAGAAAGGAAAGUGCCAGAAGAAAGAAGUAAAAAGAAAGAAAAAAGGAAGAAUAAGGCAAUUUUCCAAGGAGAAAAUGCCCCAAAUAUAAAAGCUGGCUCUACCUGGUUCCUAGAUAAGCUAGAAGAAGAGUCCACAGAUCACCAGGGACUUUCAAGGAUAAGCCAUAGUGAUCCCAAUGUUGUUUCCCAAAGAUACACCCCUGAUUCAACCAGUCAGGGAAGUGGCAGCACAGAUGUACAGAAGAGCAUGACUACAAGUGAAAGCACAAGUUCAUGUAUCAGGAAGAGAAAAGAUGCCGAAAAGAGAGAUGCUUCGGAAAAGGUGGAUCCAGAGCCUGCCACCACUUCCCAGGCAGACCAACCUGAACUCUUUUACUUCAUUAUUUUCCUCUGGGUGCUUGUCUACUGCUUAUUGCUCCUUCCACAACUUGUUAGCAGCCCACUUUGAUCUG